GUUGGUGAUGCUGAUCCGGAUGGUGGACAGUGGCAGAUUUGUACCAGCGGUCGUGGUGAUUACGAUCGCCGAGGAAAUGGUCGAAAUCGAAAACGUAAUGGCAAUGAAUUAGAAGCGCAUCAAAAUAGUGCUGGUGAUAAUCGACGAGCAGGUCGAGAUCGAAAAAACAAUGCUGGUCGCCGGAGAAAUCGCCGACCUCGUGAUGGAAAUCGUGAUGACCGCCGGCGUCAAGACCAGGGUAAUAUGUAUAUGAAUAACGAAAAUAGUGUAGGACAAGAUUAUUUGAAAAAACCCGAAGAAAAGCGAGCUCGUGGUGGUCGUCACCGUUAUAGACGUGAGGGUCAGUACCAGCGUGGCGUACCAUCUCACUAUCGAGACUCAUAUAACCAAGAUCCUGGUUCACAUCGUACGCGACGUGACUCUGGUUAUGCGAAUGGUUAUUAUUAUCGCGCAAAUGCAACGAAUGGUGGUGGCGGUUACCAUGGUGGAAAGUACAGUACGUACGAAUACGAUGAUUAUGAAGAUCCACCGCCUCGACGCUUAGGAUUCAAUUUUGCUUCGGAUUUCAAGUGA